AUGCAAAAUGAACAAUUAGACAAUAUGAAUGCCAGCGAAAAACACUGGAAUUUUGAGUUGAAACAAAAUUUUGAAGACACUGAACGACGGAAUUUCAUCAGAUCAGCGGAUAAUUCACCAAAACAGGAUUUGUCGAAACGAUCCACAUUUCGCGAUAAUGUUUUAUCGCUGUCAUGGGAUUUUUUACAACUUCGAACAGCGAAUAGUUUAGAUAUAACUACUAGAAGAACAAAAACUGCAAUUCGAACUCGAUCUUAUUCGAUUAAUCAGCCUGAAGAGGAAAAUUUUGCAAAUCACCGAAAAGAAAGGAAAUGCAUACACUGUCAGUACAAGAUACAAAAAUUAACACAUGAUCUUUCAAGCAGUAUAAGUCAAUUGCUCACCCAAAAAAAUACUCCAAACAAAAGCAAUAUAUGUUCUUUGUCGAAUGAAGAAAAUAGAAUUUGUUUUCCGAUGAAACACCAUAUUCAUCCUACUCCAAAUAUUGUCAUAUCACCAUUCCAACAACAAGAAUUCAUGCCAGAUGCAAAUUCUAGCAGAAAUUAUGAAUACGAGCGCAGGUAA